GCUCGAGAUCCGCAUUAUUAUUAACGACCCUGAGCCUUGCUCCUGCUGUCGGGCUCCACAAAAUUAACGAACAAUGAAGAUAUAAAUUGAUAUUGUCACGUAAAAUAUGAAUCGGAGUUUUUGCUUUUGGAUUAGGAGUUCUCAUGCAAAGCUUCAGAAGGGACUCGUCAGUUUGCCAUGGUCCCUAUGUGUCAGAACAAAUACAAUACAACCCUCUAGGAGGCUCUCAGGAUGUACGGUGAAUGGAAAAGUUUUUCCUGGUCAUAAUCCAUGGCAGAGUCCAUGUUGUGCAUUGUCAUUGCAUGGAUGUCGGCCUGUAUCCACUAAAGCCGAGAAGCAUGAAGAUUCUGGACUCUUACUAAAUGAUCCUAAGAAAGGGAAACUGGUGUACUAUGGGCCUUUUGGUAGCAGAGUUCGCGGCCUGAAGAUACUCUCCAUUUCCUCCAGUGUGACAUGCAUGAGUUUAUUUCCAUUCCUGGUCAUGCGAGCGGAGAAGCUGCCCCCCUUCUUCCAGGGAUUAUGUGGUCUGGUUGCCGGCUUCUUCAUCUUUCUUCAACCAGUGAUCAUCCAUUGGUUGGUGUAUCGCUAUGUCAUUGCUCUAUAUUAUGAUCGACAAACAAAGACAUUUACAGCAACGACAAUGACUUUUAUUGGAACAAAGAAAGACAUGAAAUUCACCAAGAAUGACAUAGAGAAAAUUGAAGUUCCAACAUUGUUUGAACGAGUGCGUGUAAAAGGUCGACCUCUCUACAUGGAAAAUGACUUUUUUUUAGAUAUUGAUGCUUUUAGAAUUAUUAUGAAUUAUGAUAACAGUGAUAAGUAUAGAUGAUUAACUUCCUGUAAUAUCAUAUUAAAAGAUUCAAAUCAAGUA